AUGGCUUUGCGCUGCUGGCGCCCUGCGAGCAGAGCCGCGCUGGGAAGGGCGCUGCGAGCCGGCGCGGGGCAGAGCAGGGCCGGGGCUGGCCGCCGCUUCUCCAGCCUUGCAACCGCAGCCUCCGGGCUCCAUCAGCUGACAUCUCCUUCAUUUGGAUUCCUCUUUGAUAUUGAUGGAGUGCUUUUACGGGGCCGGUUAGUCAUUCCUGCUGCGAAGAAGGCAUUCCAGAAACUAACCAAUGUGAAGGGCCACUUCCAUGUGCCAGUUGCAUUUGUAACCAAUGCAGGGAAUUGUUCUCGGGAUAGCAAGGCUGAGGAACUGACGGAGGCCCUUGGAUUUAAGGUAUCUCCUGAAUGGGUAAUCCUUUCCCAUAGCCCACUGCGACUUUUCCAUCAGCUCCAUGACAAGUGUGUGCUCGUGUGUGGACAAGGUCCUGUGGAACAGAAUGCCAGGGACUUGGGAUUUCAGCAUAUUCUCACCAUUGAAGACAUUAGGAAAGCAUUUCCUUUGUUGGAUAUGGUUGAUCAGAAGCGGCGGCCUAAAGAACUGCCUCCUCCAACCAUUGACUUUCCCACCAUAGAAGGAAUAAUUCUGUUGGGGGAGCCAGUAAGGUGGGAAACCUGCCUUCAGUUGAUUAGUGAUGUACUCCUGAGCAAUGGGAAUCCAGGAGUAGAGUUAGCCUCUGUGCCAUAUCCACAUCUACCUAUCAUUGCUUGCAACAUGGACCUCUUGUGGAUGGCAGAAGCCAAGAUGCCAAGGUUUGGCCAUGGCACCUUUCUUGUCUGUUUGGAGAACAUCUACAAGAAAAUGACAGGCAAAGAACUGAAGUACGAGGCCCUGUUAGGCAAGCCCAGCACUGUUACUUACCGCUAUGCUGAACAUGUGCUCAAGCAGCAGAUGGAGAGUUGUGGCUGGUCAUCCCCUCUUCACCAACUCUAUGCUAUUGGGGAUAAUCCAAUGGCUGAUAUUUAUGGUGCCAACCUCUACCACCGCUACCUCCAGUCUCAGGCUGAAGUAAAUGUAACUGCUAUGGCAGCAGAGAGUGAGAAACAUCCGGAGGCGCAGAGAGACUGCAGUAUCUCAAUCAGCUCCGCAAAAAACUGCCAUUCUAUACUAGUUUGCACCGGGGUCUACAAUCCUCAUGGAGACAUCCCUACUGACCCCGAGAACAUCCUGAAGACUCUGUCCCAUGGCCAUCGUGACUUCCAUUUUGAUCCAUCCUUGGUGGAAGCUUCUUAUGUUGUUCAUGAUGUGAAUGAUGCUGUGGAACUUGUAUUUCAAAAAGAGAAUUGGAAACAAGAAUGAGCAAUCUAUUGCCAGCAGCAUCUGAGGUGGAGAUGCAAGAAAACUUGAUUAUUUUUCUUGCUUAACUCAUGCCAAAGGGAAAGAAAAUUCUCCAAUUCCUUUUUUUUUUUUUUUUUUGGUAGGGAUUGUACUAAACAAUUUUUUCAAAUCCUGGAUUUGUCAACCAUGUAGUUUAAAAUUAAUCUCCUUUGCUAAUGUUGACUUGGCCACAGAGUUUAAGGACUUCGUAAUUGAAUGGAUCAUUUGAUGAUCUCAUAGGAUACACCUCUGUGAGAUUUUAAAACUCUUCUUUUUGCCUGAAAUACAAUCAGCUAUUGAAUAAUCCCAGUUUGUGGCUUUGUUUCAUCCAUUAUUGUUGGGAUGGGGAAUCCUGUCUAAAUACUGUAAUCCAGUGUCAAGAGUGCUACUACAGGUAGUCCUUGGAUUACAACAGCGAUCAAGACUGGAAUUCCAUUGCUACACAUGUUUCCAGUUGCUGUUGCUAAGUGAGGGCCACAUGGGUUGUUAAGUGAGGACUCCACAUGACUGCGACUUCUGACUUCCUGCCAGCUUUCCCAUUGAUUUUUCUUGCGGGAGACCCUCAGGGAAGGUUAUAAAUCGCAAUCACAUGACCGCACGACACUGUUGGUCAGAACUCUGAGGACCUGUCAUAUAUACCCCUUGUUUAGUGCCACUGCAAGUUUGAACAGUUGCUGACCUGCGGUCGUAACCUGAUAACUGCCUGUGCACUUUUUGGGUUUUUCUUUUUUCCUCACAAAUUUAUGACUUGACAUAUUAAAUGUGCAUCA